AUGGAAUGGAAUUAACGAAAAUAAACAGAUAAACACUGAAACACAUAUUUUAACAAUUUAAACCCUAAACACAGAUUUGAAUCCACGUGCUUUAUCGCUGUGUUGAAGUUUGAUCGAUACCAACAAAAAGUUAAUACGAGUUGGUGUCGCACUGAAUUCAGCUUUCGCGUAAAAAGCAAAAGCUGGCCGGAAAACGCAGGCGGAGCUGGUUGUCGGCCACCACAAACAGUGAGAAAUUCGGUUCAGUUGUAAGCUUAUGAAUGGCGUGGCUCUUGCUUGGAAAGAAGAGAAUAUAUAUGAAUUUUACCAGAGCUUUGGCUACAACAUCAUGUAGGCAUUUGGCAGGGUCAAAUUUUGCAUCUAUAUUUGCUGAACAAUCUGUUUAUGCAUCAGCAAGAUGCAUGCCUGAUUUAAUCAAUCACUCGUAUCUGGGUGCGGCUUGUUUUAGCAGUGGGACUAAAGAAUGUGGAAUACGGUGUUUCCACGCUAGCUCACAAUUCUGGGCAAGAAGUGAUGGGCAAUAUGGUUUGAAGACCCCAAAGAAGGAGAAGUAUGUGAGAAGAGACAGUAGAAAUCAGCCUCCUGUGGAAGCUCCAUAUGUCCCACGUAACGUCACAAAAACCAAAUCUAAUCCCAAUAAAACGAUAGAAAUAUUUGAAGGCAUGGCCCUUGUUGAACUGGCAAAGCGUACCGGGAAAUCAGUAUCUUCUUUGCAAGAUAUUCUCACAAAUGUUGGUGAAAAGAUUGAAUCAGAGUUUGAGCCUCUCAGUAUGGAUAUUGCCGAGCUUGCUGCAAUGGAGGUUGGCGUCAAUGUUAAGAGGUUACAUUCAACUGAAGGUGCAGAACUUUUACCACGUCCUGCAGUUGUAACAGUGAUGGGUCAUGUUGAUCACGGAAAAACUUCCCUUCUUGAUGCCCUGCGUCUAACGUCAGUGGCAGCCAAGGAGGCUGGUGGCAUUACUCAGCAUCUAGGUGCCUUUGUGGUGGGCAUGUCAUCAGGAGCAUCAAUCACAUUUCUUGACACUCCUGGUCAUGCUGCAUUUAGCGCGAUGCGGGCGAGAGGUGCAGCAGUCACAGAUAUAGUAGUGCUAGUUGUUGCUGCAGAUGAUGGUGUAAUGCCCCAAACACUUGAAGCCGUAUCCCAUGCAAAAGCAGCCAAUGUACCAAUUGUAGUUGCAAUCAAUAAAUGUGAUAAACCAGGUGCAAAUCCUGAAAAAGUAAAACUACAGCUCGCUUCUGAGGGCUUGCUGCUGGAGGAAAUGGGUGGGGAUAUUCAGGUUGUUGAAGUUUCAGCGAUUAAAAAGACUGGACUGGAUAACCUAGAGGUAGCUGUACUCCUUCAGGCUGAUAUGAUGGAUCUUAAAGCACGAUUUGAUGGGCCUGCUCAAGCAUAUGUGGUUGAAGCAAGACUUGACAAAGGACGAGGUCCAUUGGUGACUACUAUAGUUAAGGCAGGGACUCUAGUUUGUGGACAGCAUGUGGUUAUAGGGUCACAGUGGGGAAGAAUAAGGGCUAUUAAAGAUACAGCGGGGAGGUUAACUCAACGCGCAACUCCUGCAAUGCCUGUUGAGAUUGAAGGGCUUCGAGGGCUGCCUAUGGCUGGUGAUGAUGUCAUUGUUGUUCAUUCUGAGGAGAGAGCUAGAAUGCUUAGUUCUGGUAGGAAAAAGAAAUUUGAAGAGGACAGGCUUAGGAACAAGAUGGUGCUAGAUACGCCAACUACUUCAGAUGAUUCUGAGGGGGUUCCACUGAGGGUUGAAAUGCCAGUAAUUGUAAAAGCAGAUGUUCAGGGAACUGUUCAAGCCGUAACAGAUGCAUUGACAACUUUAAAUAGUCCUCAGGUUUCUGUGAAUAUUGUCCAUGUUGGCGUGGGGCCUCUUUCUCAAUCUGAUGUGGACCUAGCACAGGCUUGCGGUGCAUGCAUAGUUGGAUUCAAUGUCAAGAGUCCACCUAUUUCUCUUAGCCAGGCAGCAACUCGUGCUAGUAUCAAGAUAAUUCUGCACCGCGUGAUUUACCACUUACUGGAAGACAUAGCCAGUUUGAUCAUAGAGAAGGCCCCAGGUACUUCUGAGACGCAGGUAGCUGGGCAAGCAGAAGUGCUGAAUAUCUUUGAAGUGAAAGGGAGCAAAUCUAAGGGACCUGACGUGAAAAUAGCUGGUUGUAAGGUUGUUGAUGGUUUUGUGAACAGAUCAGCAACCAUGAGGCUUCUAAGGAGUGGUGAAGUGGUGUUUGAAGGACUUUGUACAUCUCUUAAGAGGGAGAAGCAGGAUGUGGAUUCUGUGAAGAAGGGAAAUGAGUGUGGACUUGUUAUCAGUAAUUGGUCUGAUUUCCAAAUUGGAGAUGUUAUCCAAUGCUUAGAACAAGUAGUAAGGAAGCCGAAGUUUGUUAAGUCGGAGAGCGGCGCUGUUCGAAUAGAGUGCUGAUGAGGCUGAUGCUUCUUUUCAGCACACAUUUUUGUGGUAAAAUAAUACCUGAGCUGCCAAAUAACUAAUUAAUACAGAUGGAUUGUUAUAGUAUUAAACUAAAUUUUUGAAGCCUAACUUGAAAAUUUGAAUAGUUUUUUAUACUAAGUUUUUUGAUGUGUUGAAUCACAGCUUUAGCAUAAGGAUGGAAAUGUGUUGAUUUGUAUCAUUUAAAAAACUUAGUUUGUUCAGCCAUAUUCAACCAUGUAAGAAUUAUUAAAUCCGUUCAACCAUUUCGGUUUCAAUUUCUAUA